CAAUAAGGGGCCGGAGUGGGUCCGAGUCAUUGUUGCACAUAAAACUCAUCCUGUAGUUCAUCCCACUUGAACCGGGUUAGUUCACCUUCCCCUUGCAUUGGUUCUGCAGGCACAGCUCAGACCUCAUUCCGCUCCUCACAGAUUGAGCAGGUGACAGUCAUGCAGACUCACGAGCUGUUGAAGCAGCUGAGGGUCCCGGAGCUGGCCGAGGUGAGGGACUACAUCCGCAGUCUCUCCACCAACACGCUCAUCGGCAUGGGUGCCUUCACCGCUGUCACGGCUUACUGGUUUGCCACCAGACCCAAAGCCCUGAAAGCGCCCUGUGACCUGCGCAUGCAGUCCCUGGAGCUGCCGGGUGGGGAGUUUGCUCGGCGGGCGGCCAUUUUAAACGGAGGCGAGCUUUUGAGCCAUUACUUCGAAGAUGCCAAGACCUUGUACGAGUUCUUCCAGAGGGGCAUGAGGGUGUCCGGCAAUGGCCCGUGCCUGGGCUCCAGAAAACCAAAGAAGCCUUAUGAAUGGCUUUCUUAUGCAGAGGUGGUCGAGCGAGCCGAGCAUUUGGGCUCUGUGUUUCUUCACAAAGGACACUCCAAAGACGGAGACCCUUACAUCGGCAUCUUCUCCCAGAACAGACCAGAGUGGACCAUUUCAGAACUGGCGUGUUACACCUACUCUCUGAUCUCCGUUCCUCUCUACGACACGCUGGGCACGGAGGCCAUAAGUUACAUCAUCGACAAGGCUUGUAUCGCUACGGUGGUGUGUGAUGUUCCGGAGAAGGCCAGACUGCUGUUGGACUGCGUGUCCGGCCGUCAGCACUCGGUCAAAACUGUGAUUCUCAUUGAAGACUUUGAUUCAGAGCUUGUGAGCAGAGGACAGCAGUGCGGCGUCGACAUCAUCAGUCUGAAGGACGCGGAGAGUAUUGGCAGAGCUCAUCGCCAGCAGCCUGUGCCUCCCAAGCCUGAUGAUUUGGCUAUUAUCUGUUUUACAAGUGGAACUACAGGAAAUCCUAAGGGGGCAAUGCUCACCCACAGAAACAUUGUGUCCAACACUUCUGCUUUCAUUAUGGUCACACAGAGUAAUUGUCCCCUCGGGCCUCAGGAUGUGCACAUCUCUUACCUGCCCCUGGCCCACAUGUUUGAGAGAGUCGUACAGGGUGUGGUCUUGGCACACGGUGCUCGUAUUGGAUACUUUCAGGGUGACAUUCGGGCCUUGAUGGAUGACCUCACGACCCUGAAGCCCACUGUUUUCCCUGUGGUUCCCCGUUUACUGAAUCGCAUGUUCGAUAAGAUCUAUGGGCAGGCCAACACUCCUCUGAAGAGACGCAUUCUGGAGUUUGCGUUCAGAAGAAAAGAGGCCGAGAUGAAGAGCGGGAUUAUGAGACGAGACAGUCUGUGGGACAAGAUCAUCUUCAAGAAAGUCCAGGCCAGUGUUGGAGGUCAAGUAAGAAUGAUGUUGACCGGAGCUGCACCCAUUUCAGCCCCCGUUCUCACCUUCCUAAGAGCUGCACUGGGCUGUCAGUUUUAUGAAGGUUACGGGCAGACUGAAUGCACCGCGGGCAGCACAACCACAGUACCAGGAGACUGGACGGCAGGUCAUGUGGGAGCUCCUCUUCCCUGUAAUGACAUCAAACUGGUGGAUGUGGCCGAGAUGAAUUAUUACGCCAGUAAUGGCGAGGGAGAGGUGUGCGUGCGGGGUCCAAAUGUGUUUCUGGGAUAUUUGAAAGAUCCAGAGAAGACUAAAGAGACUCUCCAUGAAGACGGCUGGGUCCACACAGGAGACAUCGGCAGGUGGCUGCCGAAUGGCACUUUGAAGAUCGUGGACCGUAAGAAGCACAUUUUUAAGCUGGCACAGGGAGAAUACAUCGCCCCAGAGAAGAUUGAGAAUAUUUACAUCAGGAGUGAAGCUGUAGUGCAGGCCUUCGUACAUGGAGACAGCCUGCAGGCAUGUCUGGUCGCCAUCCUAGUUCCUGACCCAGACUUUCUACCUGGCUGGGCUAAAAAGAGAGGGUUUGAGGGAUCGUUUGAAGAAUUGUGCAGAAAUAAGGAUGUGAAGAAAGCCAUUCUGGAAGACCUUGUGAAACUGGGUAAAGAAAGUGGCCUCAAGUCUUUUGAACAGGUGAAGGACAUCGCUCUGCACACUGAGAUGUUCUCCGUUCAAAACGGUCUUCUGACGCCCACCCUCAAAGCCAAACGUGCUGAGCUCAGGAACUGCUUCAGGAAACAGAUCGAUGAGCUUUACUCCGGCAUUAAAAUGUAAAACGUUCACUCCGGUGCUGACUGAACUUGAGCUGACAGAACUGAUACAGACUCGCAGACUUUAGACUUGAUUCUACACUGACUUCAGUUGUAUGCACACUUGUGAGUAAGAUGAUAUAUACUAGAUCAGGCCUGUCUCUUGAACAGCUUUAUCAGAUGGUUCACAUCUCCUUUGAUGAUAGGCCCUGGCGGAUUAAAAUAUCCCAGAGUUUUGACUUUUUGACUAUUUUAAAAUGAAGGGAAUGUGCCAACGCCUAACAUUAAAAUGUAAAAGUUUGUGGCCUUAUUCUAUGGAAAUAUUGUUCUUAUUGGACAUGUUUGAUAUUAACACAUGCAGUGGUACGAUGCAAUGGUCUUGUGUGUGUGUGCGUUAUUUGAUAUCGUCUCAGGGAAAAAUGUGCCUUAUUGGAUAUCAACUGCCUUUGAGUUUUAUUCAGGAGAGAGAAAAACACGGCAUACACGCAUCAUUUCACCUUACAAAGCCAGCUAUACCUCAGAAUCAAUAUGUGGAGAGUGGGACAGUUUCAGUUUUGUCUUCUAGUUUGGUUUUAUUAACUUUUUGUUCGUCCUGAAUGCAUCGCUAUUAAAACAUAAGGACAAUUUUUUGUUAUUGGUAAACAGCCAUUGAGUUUAAACACAGCCUCGGGGAAAUAUCCUGAACUAUGAAUACACUGUGUACUUAUGUCAUCAUUUGUUCAUGAAAUAUUUAAAAGAGAACCAUCUUUAUUGUUGGCUUUAAAUUAAAAAGUGAGCUUAAUGUUAACAAAUCUACAAUUGUUUGUCACACAAGUACUUAUUUAUGUGAAAACUUAAUGUAAAAUAAUUUUAUGGUGUAUUUUUAAAUUGUAAUACCAUGCGAGUGUGACAUUAUUUUGCAGUGAUUUUCUGCAUCACAGAAUACAGGAGCCUUUUGACCGUGUCCUGAUGUUUCAUUCAUGUUUUCUGCUUUACUCAUUCACUGUAAUAUUCUCUUGAUUUUUAAUAUUGUAUAUUUGACUCAAAGCUUUAUCAUUUCUGUUAUGUGUUCUGUAAUGAAGCCAAAUCAGUUUUCAUAAAAACGUGUGGCCUAAAACAUCAGUUGACUGCGAUUAAAUGUAAAUGAACAUUUUAAUUUUAAAUGCCACAUACAUUAAAAAAUGUUUGAAUGUGCAUUUUGCAUGUAAAAUAUGUAAAUGAUUGAUAUUAAAUGCAUUUCAUGAUUAAUGAAA